AAUGUUUACUCACGUGUUUUUGUGGUGCUGACUAUUAUCAUUGUUCUGCUACACCAACAUGUGAUAAGUGAUGAUAUUGUAUCUCCUGUGAAGGGAGCUUUGAGGUGUAACCCUAAAUAUGCUGAGUAACUCUCAUCCCUCCAGAUCAUCACCACCAAAACCUCAGGGGUAACUGAUUCUGUCACAUGAUAGGCUCAGCACAAAAUCCUUAAGAAACCAAGUCACUGCUGCUUUAUGGAUUGAUUUCAUAACAGAAGCUUUAUUUCACAAAGUUGCAUUAUAAUUCUGCGCAAUUCAAUCCUUAUCAUGUGUUGCCUUUAUGAGCGUCACAUGUGAGCCGGAGCACCUCAUCGCUGAAGUAUACAUUACCCUCUGUUCCUAAACUGUGACCCAGGCUUCACAAUAAUCCCCAUGCAUUUUUCAUCGAGUCCCAGUGACAGCGAGGGCACAUAUCUAUUACAAACCCGAAAACGCCGGCGUUCGCUGUUGUGACCAGAGGAAAAAGAUUGCAAAAAAAACAGUAUACUGGAAGAGGAGGGGAGGACGGUAGUGAUACAGUGAGAAGAUUGAGUUGAGUCUAAGAAGAGGAGAGGAGCCGAGGUGACAAACUGCUACAACCUGUGAAAGCUGUCUUCAUAAAUACAGGAGGCAAGUGGAUGGAUAAUCCUGUGCAUAUAAAUGAAGCUGUCAAACCUGUACAUUCAGUAUUCAGGCUGAUUCCAUUUAUGCUACCCCUCUCAUCAAACAAUCUGCAACCCAUGAGCACACUUUGCCGUUGGUGAUUUCUUCAUAGCUUUACAAUUAUGGAUUGUCAAGUCCAAACAAAUGACACAAGUUCCUCUGAAGCCCAGCUGCCAACCGACACAUCAAACCCGGUGUCUGUGGAGCUCUGGUCAUCCGAAUCUUUCAAAAGUCCAGCCAACAAUGAAAUACUGAGCGUAUCAUCUCUAAUCCCUCCUACCGUCUUCACACUCAUGCCCAGCUUUGAACCUCUGAGUGCUGCUGCAGGCGUGUAUCCAGAAUUUUCAUCUCCUUAUCUCACAUCAGAGCCUACUGAAACUACAAAACCAUCCAGCUCUGCACCCCCAGAGGCGCCAGAAAACCAAAUUUACAAAAAUGAAGAGGAAACUCAGCAGAGGGAACAGUCAAACGGAGCCCCAGUGGAGGAGAGGUCAGUCAACCUCAUGGUGCCCAAGGACAUCCCAGAUGAAAAACCAGAAACGAAUCCUCAGGCCUGUACAACUCGUGAGCUGCUAACUAUUGUGGGAAUCCCCAUCGCCAUCAAACUAAUCAUUGGUACUGCUCUAUUAGUCAAGUUCCUGGCAUUCCCUUCUCACUCAGGUGAAUCACAAACUCUUUGUAAGGUGGAGGGGAGCUGCAGCAGCACAAGCCAGAGGCCGAUUCUGUCCAAAAAUCCAGUCAAUCAGACCUCAAACAUUACUGCAAGUAAUGAAGGCUGUCACCUUGUGGUUGGGGAUGGCUCGCGGAUAGUUGGCGGGAAUCUGGCGCCGGACCACACGUGGGGCUGGCAAGUCAGCAUGCAGUGGAAGGGGAGACACGUUUGCGGGGGGGCCAUCAUCUCAGACCACUGGGUCAUCACUGCUGCUCAUUGCUUUGUUGAAUACAAGAUGUUCGAAGCAGCCGAUUGGCUGGUGAUGGUCGGCUCUGUGAGCCUCGCAGACAACUCAGGGAAAAGCUACAGAGCCCUGAAGGUCUUCUACCACCCUCAGUUUAACACCAACAAUAAUGACUACGAUGUGGGGCUGCUGCGCACCAUCACUGACAUUGACAUGACAGGUGGGGUGCAACCAGUGUGUUUACCCAGAACAAAUGAGAUGUUUCCUGUUGGCGCAGACUGCUGGAUCACAGGCUGGGGCUCCACUCACGAAGGAGGGUUUGUGUCAGACGAGCUGAGGCAGGCUCAGGUAAAAGUAAUAGCUCAAGUCACCUGCUCCAGUUUAAGGGUGUACGGUGACUUUAUAACACCUCGGAUGAUUUGUGCUGGCAGCAUGGCUGGAGGUCUGGACUCUUGCCAGGGAGACAGUGGUGGGCCGCUGGUAUGCCAGACAUCUUCUGGAGACUGGAAGCUGGCAGGGAUUGUGAGUUGGGGUGAAGGUUGUGCAAGGCCCAAUAAACCGGGCGUGUACAGCAGAGUGACUGAACUGCUCCAGUGGAUUGAGGAAUCCUCAGAGGGCAAAACCCAACAGCUGCAGGAGAAAGCCGUGACUGACACUUCCCCGACAGUUCCCUCCUCCCUGAGAUAACUGACAAUAAAAGCUGAUAUGUCCACAACGGUCGUGCAUUCUUAUUGCUUUUUGCAAAAGGAGAAUUAAUAACAUAACCAGUUUCUUUAUUACUGCUGAGAUUAUUAAAUACAUUACAUAACU